AUGUCGAUAAGCAAAAAUAUUUACGAACUAGCCGUGAUAGCCAGCUCAUUUGGUAAAAUCCUCGAGGGAUCUACUAGAAUUGCACAACAUGAAGCCUACCAAUGGUACAAGAAUAGUUUUGUCUCUAAAACCAUACGAGACUCAUGUGAUAAUUCUCAACCCAUGUACGAAGAGAUGCAAAAUAUUUCCACUACUAUAAGAAACCAAGUCCCCAUUAGUAUAAAUCAAAAGGAAAACCCAUUCCAAAGCCAAUCUCAAAAACGUAGUUACUCGACAAAGUCCUACUCACCUGGUGACGAAGUUGAAUUGGAAACUGAAAGCACGAGUUCUACCACUGUUCCAGAAAUAAAACCAAAGUUAAAGAAAACUUUUGAAAUGUCCCAGAGUGAAGUUCCAAGCAGCAGAUUGGCUCGUAUUUUCCAUUAUGGUUCCUUGGCUGCCGGUAUCGGAUUAAAUGCUGCCACCCAGGGACUUAAGCACUAUGCAUCAGGAAACUCAGAACCGAUCACCAUGAAGUCAUUGGUGUUAUCUCCACAAAAUAUCGAAAGAAUGGCCAGAAAGUUUUCUAAAAUGAGAGGCGCUGCAUUGAAACUUGGCCAAAUGCUUUCGUUCCAGGAUGCAUCCAUUUUGCCAAAAGAAAUUCAACAAAUUUUGUUACGGGUCCAGAAUUCAGCUCAUUACAUGCCACCAGGUCAAUUGGAAAGAGUCAUGUCUAAAGAAUUGGGAUUGAAUUGGCGUGAACGUUUAUUCGCUUCUUUUGACGAUGUGCCAAUUGCAGCUGCAUCCAUUGGUCAAGUGCAUACUGCAGUUGCAGAAGAUUUGACCCCGGUUGUUGUCAAAGUUCAAUACCCUGGUGUUGUGGACUCGAUUGAUUCUGACUUGAACAAUAUCUUGAUGCUAUUAACUGCAUCUUCAUUGUUACCACCAGGUUUGUUUUUGGAUAAAACCAUUGCUAAUGCCAGAGUUGAAUUGAAAUGGGAAUGUGAUUAUAUCAGAGAAGCACGAAACUUGGUUAGAAUGAGAGAAUUCUUAAAAGAUGACGAUGUGUUUGCCGUUCCCAGAGUUUUCCACCAACUUUGUGGUGAACAUGUUUUAACUAUGGAAAGAAUGAGAGGAGUUGAAAUUGUUAAAGGAGAUUGGGAUCAAAGUACUAAAGAUUGGAUCGCCACUAACAUUAUGAGAUUGUGCUUAUUGGAGAUCAAAGAAUUCAAGUUUAUGCAAACAGACCCCAACUGGGCUAAUUUCUUAUAUAAUGAGAAAACCCAUAAAAUUGAAUUAUUAGAUUUUGGUGCUGCUCGCGACUUUGGUGAUCAUUUUAUCGACAACUAUGUUAAAGUCUUGAGAGCAGCAGUCAAAAAAGAUCGUAAGAGAGUUGAAGAAAUUUCCAAGGAUUUGGGUUAUUUGACCGGUCUUGAAUCCCAACAAAUGGUUAAGGCACAUGUUGACUCGGUUAUGUGUCUUGGUGAAGCAUUUUCGCCAGUUGAUAACAACGGUGAGCCAUUCAAUUUCAAGAAACAAACUAUUUCAGACAGAGUCAGAGGUAAUGUUGGAUUAAUGUUAAACGAAAGAUUGACUCCACCACCAGAAGAGACUUAUUCUUUGCAUAGAAAGUUAAGUGGGGUGUUUUUGUUAUGUGCUCGAUUAAAUGCAACUGUUCCGUGUGAGGAUUUAUUUAGAGAAAUCAUCGGUUAUGAAGAUUGA